UAACUCAUGGGUCAUUCGCAUCUCACAAAGGGACACUUGCUCUCUAAGGGUCACUUGUGGUUGGGACAGGAAAUUGGAAUUCCAACUCUCCCAAGUGGAAUAAUAACAAAACAAAACAUAACAUGUCUGUUAAAAAAAUAAAUGAAAAAUCAACGGCUGCUGCUCUUUGCUACCCAGCAAGGGCCAGUAAGGACUUCGAAAGAGACAGAACAGAAGGGGUUGUAAUCGUAAUUUCCUAAACUACAUGCUCAGUGCAUUCACGAGCCAAACCGUAUAUUUGCUCCAUCCCCUCUCUUUCCCCUCACCCAGUUCUUCUUGGUACUAAACCCGGUUCGGUUUAAAUCAGGUUGAACCGCCGGAUUCCAUCAAACAAAUCUCGAAUCGAGAUUAAUACUGUUGUAAUUAGAUCAUAUAAUUUUUUUCAACAUCUGUUCUCAACAUCUUCUUUGAGUUUUAGGGUCUCGCGCUCUGACCCCGGUCCACUUUCAUAUCGACUUAGAUUUUGACUCGAGGUGCAAAGACAAUUUGGCCAGGCAAAAUUAGGUCGAACGAUAUCGAUAUUCUUGGAUGAACUAGAGUCUAGAGUGAUGUAUGAGCCAAUCCAAUGCUGAUUUCCAUAAACGAGCAAAUAAGCCGACAGAGUUGGAAUCUAAAAGUCAAAUAGAAUCGAAAGUUGAUCCUAAUUAUAGUUCUGAUAUCUUCUUUCAUUUUCGAUAUGAUCUAGCAAUCACUUCGAUGCUUUUACUCGAUCGUGAAUCAGAUCGACUAGUCGAACCGAACCGUUACCCCACCCAUGACCCACCCAACUUCCUUAAUUAUAUAAAGCUCCCUCACUCCCCAUCCUUUCUUCUCCAGAAUCCAAAGCUCCUCCAACUCCUACUUCUCUUCCUCAAACCAAACCUCCAAAGUCACUCUUUUUCCCCUUCACUUCCCCCUUCCAUUCAUUCUAACCAUGAACACAAAAAUGAUGUUAUCUUCCCUCAAUCGCGCUACCCAUCCCAUCUUCACCGCCUCUUCUUCCUCCUCAGAAUUCUCACCCUGCAUCAGAAGAAAUUCCUCCACCGUCCCCAAUUUCUCCCCACUCUCAAUCACUCACAAGCCUCUCCACAUUUCUUCCCUCCACCGCCGUCUCACGCCCUCGGAGAACAAAAAAUCCCCGACCAGCACGGUAUGCAAUGCCUACGAGGCCGGCCAGCCGCGGCCGCUCGACAUCAACAUCGAGCUCCCCGUCGUCGACGGCGAGCAGGCGGCGCAGAAGAUCAAGAUCGGGAUCUACUUCGCCACGUGGUGGGCGCUCAACGUCGUGUUCAACAUCUACAACAAGAAGGUGCUGAAUGCGUUUCCUUAUCCAUGGCUGACAUCCACCCUUUCCCUCGCCUGUGGCUCGCUGAUGAUGCUCGUCUCGUGGGCCACCCGAGUCGCCGAUGCUCCCCGAGUCGACUCCGAGUUCUUGAAGUCUCUGUUACCCGUUGCUAUCGCGCAUACGAUCGGGCAUGUGGCUGCCACAGUGAGCAUGUCGAAGGUGGCGGUGUCGUUCACACACAUCAUCAAGAGCGGCGAGCCAGCUUUUAGUGUCUUGGUGUCGGGGUUGGUGUUGGGGGAGACGUUCCCUCUUCCGGUGUACCUCUCUCUCCUGCCGAUCAUCGGUGGUUGUGCUCUGGCCGCGAUCACCGAGCUCAAUUUCAACGUGAUUGGGUUCAUGGGGGCGAUGGUGUCGAAUUUGGCGUUCGUUUUCCGGAACAUUUUCUCGAAGAAAGGGAUGAAGGGGAAAUCCAUUAGCGGGAUGAAUUACUAUGCUUGUCUGUCGAUCAUGUCCCUCUUGAUCCUAACUCCUUUUGCCAUCGCCAUGGAGGGGCCUCAGAUGUGGGCUGCCGGGUGGCAAAACGCGGUUGCUCAAAUUGGACCUAAUUUCGUCUGGUGGGUAGUGGCGCAGAGCAUCUUCUACCACUUGUACAAUCAAGUGUCGUACAUGUCGCUCGACCAGAUAUCUCCACUGACAUUCAGCGUCGGAAACACGAUGAAGAGGAUCUCGGUCAUCGUCUCGUCGAUCAUCAUCUUCCACACCCCGAUCCAACCCGUCAAUGCCCUCGGAGCCGCCAUCGCCAUCUUCGGCACAUUCCUCUACUCACAGGCAAAGCUGUAGAUUCUGAUGGAUCGGAGGGGGAGCUUUUUGUUAUCGGAGAAGAGAGGAGAAUGGAGUAGCUCAAAGUCAUUCAGGACUUGAAGUGGGAAUUCGUUGAUAUUUAUUAGCAAGGAAUCUGUUGGGCUUAUGGUAGCUAAUAGAGUUGUUGUAAUUUGCUUUAUUAAGAAGGGUAAAAAAGGGUAGUAAGUAUUUAUUAUUAGUGUAAUUUUGUAGUAUUUUUUCCCCUUGUUUUGGUGCAAGAGUUUGGUUUCUCAUCAUUGUACAAUAUAAAAAUGUUCGAGAAUUUUAAAAUGCUCAUAUGGAUCGGUAUAUUUAUGAUAAAAAUUGAAUUCAUACAACAACGUCGAACAUACAAGUUCAGUUUGUAUCAUAAAAAAAAUUGUGUGAAGAUAUAUAAGUAUAAAUUGAAUUUGUACCAUAACGUUAAGGUGCAAGUUCUGUUUGUAUCGUAAAAAAUUUUGUACGAAAAAGUAUAAGUACAAACUGAAUUUGUAUCCUAAAGAAAAAAAUGAAACAUUGAUCUUUAUGAAUAUAAUAACGGAUCUAAAGAUGUAAUGUAAUGAACCAAUGUAUAAUAUGAUUUCGAAGAACCAAUGCAAACUCUAGUUAUAAUUUGUAACGUGAUAGAGACAACUAAUUAAAAAAAAGUUAAGGCAACUCAAUUUAUGUUGGGAGGUGCCCUUCUAAAGGAAGUUCAGGUUCUGCGAGCAUCUUUCCAAGUGUUUCGUUUCAUUUCGCUUCGAGUAGGUAUAAUAGGGCUGUCCAUCUCGUGACAAAACAAGUCCUUUUAUCGUUGGUUCAGCGUCUCGUUGAUCAACGUUCCCUUCUUUUCUUGUGAUUUGGCUUGACUUGGCCUAGUAUAUUUGUAUCUUGCUAUUACUUUCCGGAAUAUCUAUGGAAAAAAAAUGUUGGCGGUUCUGGCCCAGGAAAAGACAAUGGAUAGGCCAAAAUUUUUGCAAUAUCUCUAUGGGCUCUGGCGGAGGCCCAAAUGCCAAAUCGGCUUUGGGGAUUUGCAACUUUUGUCUUUUGAGGUUGUCAACGAUACUGAUAAUGGGCCAAGAGAUGGGCUUCCAAGUAGAUUUUUGUAAGGGAUGCAAAAAUCACAUAUUGACUUCUAGAGUUAUUGUGUUCCUUAGUUACAGAGCAGCUCAGUUGGUAGCUACUCAGGUUUUGUUAUUGUCGCCUUAUUUGUUUGAGGUUCGACUUUAUUUUCUAAUUUCGCAGUUGGCAUGAUUAUGUUGUAAGUCUGUAGAUAUUUGUUUGUUCCUCUUAUUUAAGAGUGAUCUAAUGACAAAAAAUUCUACAGUUAAACCAUCUUUAUUUGAACAACUACAAAGAAAAUUUUGCCAAUUAACGGCUUUUUAGGUGUUUUUUUCAUAAUUUAUGAACAUAUAUGUUCUUCAUUAUGUCAUUAUAGAAAGAAAAAAUUUGACCGGCCCUCUCUAGUAUCAAAUCUUAAGGGUCGUUUGGAACCUUUGAUUUCGAAAAUGGUUUCAAGAAUGUGUGUCUUAAGAUUAUGUGUAUACUAUGAAUGUGUGAGGUUUCAAGAAAGCUUUGUUUGGAAA